AUGCGCUUCUUGGCCGCCGCGUUCCUGCUCCUGGCGCUCAGCGCCGCUUCUCUAGCCGAGCCGGUGGUCUUCAAGGACUGCGGGUCUGUGGUCGGAGCUAUAAAGGAAGUCAAUGUGAGCCCAUGCCACACCCAGCCAUGCCAACUGAUCAAAGGACAGUCUUACAGUGUCAAUGUCACCUUCACCAGCAGUGGUUAUUCCCAAAAUAGCACAGCCUUUGUACACGGCAUUAUAUUGGGCGUCCCAGUUCCCUUUCCUAUUCCUGUGCCUGAUGGUUGUAAGAGUGGAAUUGACUGCCCCAUCCAAAAAGAUAAGACCUAUAGCUACCUGAAUAAACUACCAGUGAAGAAUGAAUACCCCACUAUAAAACUGGUGGUGAAAUGGGAACUUCUGGAUGACAAUAAAAAGCGUCUCUUCUGCUGGGAAAUCCCAGUAGAGAUCAAAUCCUAG